AUGAAUUAUGUUUCAUUGAAUGAAACAUAAUUCACUGGGCCAGGAUAAUCUAACCCUACAUCAUGUGGAUAAGAAUCUAACUUUGUCAAUUGUCAAUGUAAAGAAGGUUAUAACGCAUUCUUGGUUAUGAUUAGUUAAAUGGAUGACUUUGAAGAGAUUUUCUCUAAAAAAAGAUUAGAAUUUCUAAGGAUUGCUUUGAUUUAUUACCUUCAAAAGUCUUAAACCACUUUCAACUUUUGCCAAAAAAGAAGCUGUUUUAUGAUUAUCAAGUUUUUGGCUAAAACUAAAGACCAGAAAAUUAAAAUUUCCUUAUCACUUUCAACUGAAACUCUAAUUAUGAAAAGUUCUAAGUUUUAGUUAAAUGCAAAAUUGUCCUUUAAAGAUCCUUCGACGAUUAGCACUUCAGAACAAGGUAAAAUCUGCUGA